UGCCCAAUCGGAAUACUGCUGCUGCUGUGAGUGGUCACGCCGAAUCUUGUCUGCUAUUCAGUCCAUCCAAGUGUACGAACUUCGAAACUUCUGGACGUAAAACCUAAUUUCCAACAUUCUCCUUCACCGCUAUAACAUUUCAUCAACUGCAAAUGUUUGCCAAGGCGGCGGUAACAAUUCCUCGCGUUGUUUAUCGCUUCGCGAGGGCACCUGCGCUUUCAACCUCGAAGAGAAACAUCAGUAUUCUCGGCGUAACAUGGCACAGAAAGUUAUCCACACACGAUGCGAGGUCACAUUACACCGUUAUUCGCGAUGGUAAUAUUACCGCAGGUUACUGCGGUUGCCGGCAUAUCAGCACUACCGACAUCUCUUUUAAGGACAUCAGCCUUGAAGAUCUCGAAGCAUUGAUACAGGGUGGUGACAUUCAACUCAUAGAUGUCAGGGAACCAUCCGAAGUUAAAGGAACUGGCAUGAUUAGCAAAGCGGUCAACAUUCCUUUGGGACAGGUUAAAGAAGCACUGCUCUUGCCCGAUGAGAGCUUUCAAGACCGCUACAAAGCACCCAAGCCACAGGCUCAUGACCACAAUGUUGUCUUCUAUGGCUUGGGGCCAAUAAAAAGUGAAGCUGCACUACAGCUGGCCAAAAAGGCUGGCUACCUUUAUGCCCGGCAGUACAGCGGCGGAUGGGAAGAGUACAGUAAAAAGAGCAAGGCGUAAGGUCCAACCUACCAGUGGCAAAGUAGCCAUACAAUUUUAUUUUUUUACGCUGUACACUUACAGGUAGAUUGAACACAGAGUUUGGGGGGUCCAAAUAUUUUAUUUUGUGGAUUGAAAUAACAAUCACAAAAAAAUUGUUACACACGCUGAAAUUCGAUUUCCCAGUUAUAGCUUUUUGUUCAAUGUUGAAAUCCAAAGCUCAUGACUCAUGACAUAAGCAGUGAAGUGCUUCGUUGCAAUUAACUAGGGUACUUAAAUUUGUGUUACAGUUAACAUACUGUGAUUAGCACUAACCCAAUUGCAAUUGGUCUGUAUAGUGUUACUGAACAGUAUUCACAUUUCAAGUUGUUUUUUGUCUGUGGCACGUUACCACUCUCAACGUUUAGUGACACUUAAGAAUCUGCAUAAUGUUCCUAUGCAUGUGCACAUCAACAUUGCACCAUUUAAGAUAUGGAACCGGCACAAUGCAAUGCAUAUAAACAGUGAGGGGUAGGUCUGGAAUUUUUCUAACAGCAGGUCUAGUCUAAGACAGGAUGCUAUUACACUGCCUGAAAUCAAUCGAAGCAUGUGGCACGUGGCAGAUUAUUGAUGGAAUAUCCGCCCCUGCCAGCGAUCGGCUGUACCUAAAUUGCAUUGCAUUGCACUGCACGCCAGAUAAUUAAUUAAUAACUAUUUUUCUAUGUGUCGAAGUUUGCGAGAUAGAAAUCCUUGAACAAACUUCCACAUCCAGUUCCAUGUCAGAGGAGCAAUAUCCACAGCGAUCCAUUGGCCUUCAAAAUCACAUGACCUCUCCCACAGCUGCCCCCCAACUAGCGGGAUGGUCACGAUGGAAAUUGAUGUUCUGAGGCUGGAACACAGAAUAAGGGACAACUACACACACGCCUCAAGUGCCUAAAAACAAUGAAUGAAGAAGGAAGUCACUGAAAUUGUUAGCCAGCUGUAGGACUCGAACCCACAUCUUCUGGAUUACUGGAUCUGGAUUAAUUUCCAUCGUGAUCAACAGAUGCCGCUUGCGUCGCCCCCGUCGUAUGAAUGUGUGUGUGUGUGUGUGAGAGAGAAAACAUGUAAGAGUGAAAGUGGAAUGUGUGUGAGAGAGUGGAUGCGGUUUGUCCCUCCAGAUGACGCACUCUUGAAAGUCCUUGAGGAGGCGUGUUAGCUUAUGGUUAGCUCAAUUGGUAUAGCCCUGGACCGGUAAUCCAGAAGACGUGGGUUUGAGUCCUACAGCUGGUUAACCUUUUCAGUGACUUCCUUCUUCAUUGACAGCAGAUGAUGUCUGCUGUGAUGUUGCAGCCGGAGGAGUUUCUGUAUUUGCGGUGCAGAUUUUCUACACGUCUAUUACUUCCAUUGUUGUGAAAAGUGAAAUGCAUGUUCACGUUGUGGCAACUACCAUGAAACCGGUGACCCACUGUACCGGCACUGGUAUACUGAAACUGCUCCGGCUACGAUGCCACUGAAGCCUCUGUCAACGAGGCAGCGCGGGAGUGAAAAUGUGCUUACUACUGCCAUUGGGAACGACUGUAGCUUUCAUUCCUCUGAACUUAUAGCUUUACAGCCUAAUCAUCUUGACACGAAUCAUGUGCUCAAGGGUUCCCCAAUCAGGGCUCAAGGGUGCCCAUGAAGUACAAGAUGGAAAAAUUUUUUUUUCCUCAGUCCUCUUGUGUGCAGAACAAUGUGUGCAUCAGGGGCGGAUCCAGACCUUUGGUUUCACUUUAACAUGCAUUGCUCACUCUCAGUCUCGGGUAAACAGUAGCUGUGUUCGUAAUGAAUUCCAUUCCAUUCUGAAUAACUGCACAUAUCUUGCAAAUUGAGUUGAAGUGCAGUUUUUUAGUUAAUUAAUUUUGAUUAAUUUACACUGCUAUGUUUAUGUCGUAACAGUCAGCCAACAAGCAAUUUUCAAGCGAUGAGAAUUGGGAAGAUUCCUUGGGUCUCAGAGGUGUGUGUUCUGUUUACCUGCCCACUGAGCAAAAGCUUGGAUAGCGGAGCUCAGGUUAUAUUAAAAUUUGCAAGUUUAAAAUGAAAUUGUUUAGACUGAAAAUUACUGGAAAAAAAAAAAAGGACCACUGCUACUUCAAAACUAGCAGAAAUUGUUGAACCGUUUGCCAAAGCUAAAUUCUUUCAUCAUAAAUGUGCAAAAUGUUAUGUCAUUAUUCUAGGAGCUUGGUCUGUAAACUUUAAUGUGUGUGCAUGCUGCUCAUCUUCCAUUCCAGCCAUCAAUGUACUACGGCAUUAACAAUCUGCAUCUUUUUGUUUUAUUCAAUAGCUCACUUUAAGACUUUACAUUUCUGGAGUGACUGUACAGGGCAUUCAAGUUUGUUAUGAGGUCUGAAAGUAACUACUACGUAGCUUUGUCACUAGUGAACAGACAUGACUGAAAUUGCAGUACUAUAAUUACUAUUUUUCUAUGAGCAGUUUUUAUAUACAUACAUUUGAUAUCUUUCUGACAGAUAUACAUGUACAAAAAAGUAGCUUCCCAAGCUAAAUAUACUGUAUUAUUAAACUUCUGGAUACGUAGUAAUUAAUACGACGUACACUUGUUGGAAGCUAAAGGAUGUACUAGUGCAUGGCACAUUUGACCAAAUGUGCAGCUAUUGGACUUGCAAACAUAGCUACGAAGGAAAAUGCCAAACACUUCUCAUAGAAGAUAAUUGUUUCUGCAUCAUCACUUUGCACCUGGGGAAAAUGUAUCAGUACAACACAUGCUAGUCGUGCCACUGUUCUUGGAUAUGUACUUAGUGCAUGAAUGCAAAGAAAGCAAUCAAGUGGGUCCAGGUUGAAAUAAAAGCUAUUUUUGUAGUUUUUA